AUUGUAUGACAGGUCUUACUCAGAUAUGACGAAGGUGUAAGAUUAAUCUUUAAUUUUUCUAUAUUAUCCUUUGAUUUAUAUUCUACAUUCUUCCUUCUACUUUACCUUCUCGAAGGUCCCCCUUUCUAAAAAAUAAUCCAGCCAUCCAAAAUGGCAAUCCAAAUCUCUAAACCACGAUAUUCCCUCCAAAUCCAAAAUACGCGCAUCUUCAAAAUCCUCUCCAUAGGCAUCCUUUUCUACCUCUCCAUAUAUCUCCUCCUACCCCGAAUUCGAUCUUCAACCCUCACCAUCACCGAAGAAGACAUCUCCUUCGAACAACAAAGCUCACACUACUCUAAUAAUUUCCUUCCCGCCUCCAGCGCAGCGCAACUAUGUGCCUCGCACUCCCUCACACCUUAUCCACUUCGCUCCCAAAAACGCAAAAUAUACGACCUCUUCAUGGUCAAUUCCGAGCUCGACUGGCUAGAAAUCCGUCUCCACGAAAUGAACACCGAGGUAGAUUAUUUCGUGAUCCUCGAGGCACCCACCACCUUCACUGGGCUCGCGAAGAACAUGACAUUCCAAGAAAACCGGGCACGAUUCGCCGCGUUCGAGGAUAAAAUCAUCUAUCACGUUUUGAAGGAUGCACCUUUACCCAUAUCCAAUACUUCAUUACCCGGCUCGAAAGAAUACGAGGCAAAUGCAUGGGUGCAGGAGAAAUUCCAACGAGAUGCCAUGUUCACGCAGGUUUUCCCUACGCUGCUGGAUGAGCGGAAACCUAAUAAGGGGGAUGUGAUACUCGUUUCUGACAUUGACGAGGUGAUUCGUCCGGCUUCUUUACAGGUCCUUCGGAAUUGUAAUUUCCCCAUUAUUCUCACGCUGCGUUCGCAAUUUUACUACUAUUCCUUUCAAUUUCGCCAUCGUGGAGAACAGUGGCAACAUCCUCAAGCUACCUACUACCAGGGAUUAGAAAACACCAUCAAGCCGCAUAGUUUGCGAAGUCGUCAUGGAGGCCAUGUGUCAGUGGAUGAGAGGGAUAGUAAUAGUAAGGGGGAUUUGUGGAAUGCGGCUUGGCAUUGUAGUAGUUGUUUUAGUACGAUUAAGGAGAUGAGGAGGAAGAUGGAGAGUUUUAGUCAUACGAAUUUGAAUAAGGAGGAGUUUAGGGCGACGGGGAGGAUUGUGGAUAGAGUGAGUAGGGGGAAGGAUUUGUGGGAUAGAUUUGGACAGGUAUGUGAAAAGAUUUUCUUUUUGGGGCUGUGGGAUGCGGAUGUGGUGUUUUAGGGCGUAAUGGGUGUGAUGGUUGAGGCUUAGAUUCACUCAAGCGAGUCUGAGAAGCUGCAAUGAAACUUCUCGAAUUCACUCCCAUACCCCUAUUCGCCCCAAUCCCCUAUUCGCCCCAAUCCCCUAUCCACCCAAAAUCCCAUGCACUCUUAAACAAGAUCCUCAAUCUAACAAACCCUUUCAACAGUGGUACAAAAGAAUCGAUCACAAUAACGACAUACCCACAUACAUCAAAACGCACCGAACCAAAUACCAAUACAUGGUCGAUCGAGACGGCACCGGUGCCGGAUUCAUCGAUUACGAAGAAAUGAUUGAACAAGACAGGAAAAGUGUUGAGUUAGUUUGAGAUUUUCUCUGACCUUCCAGCUAUGUGAUAGAUAUAUGGAUAUUUGCAUUUGGGUUUGCAUUUGCGCUGGGAGUUGGGAUUCAGUCUGGCAUGGAUUGAUUGAACUGCAUUUAUCGGAGUUGAGGAUUUGAAGAUGAGAAGGGUGUAUGAUUGCAUUUAUUCAUCUGAGAGAAUGAAAUACGAAAGAGGAAAAGGAAGAAAGUGGGAGAGAUAUAUAUACUUUACAGAAAGGGAUAUCUGUAUAUAUAUCCAUGACAUUCCUCAGGAAGUUCUGGAAAGCAAGAAAGAGUGGAUUAAUUAUAGAACGAAGCUACUUCAACUAGGAGGGGUAUUUUUGUUUUAUGCGGAAUUACCGUACUGCAAUAAAAGAAAUAAAAAGCUAUAUACCAAAAGCAGACUU